GGCCACUCCAGCUUCGACUGGUGGUCGGUAAGCACUCGCCAUUCGCCAAGCGAUAAGCUCGGAGUAAGCCGCAACAGCCGCUGAUGUCGCCGCCGCCGUCGCCUCUCAUGCUUCUCCCGCUCCUCCACCUCGCCGCCGGCUCCUUCGCUGCGGGCAAUGCCAAGGCCACACCGCCGUCCGCCGCGGCGGCGGCAGGCGCCGGCGCCCCCGCCCCGGUGCCGACGCCGUGGCCGGAGCAGUUCCACGCGGUGGUCUUCACCAACCUCACCGAGAGCGGCGGCCGGCUGCAGCUGAUCGACCUCUACUACGACUGGCCCAAGGGCCGCAACCUCAACCUCAUCCACAGCCAGCUCUCCGGUGACCCGACCUACGACGUCGAGUGGACCAAUGGCACCUCCUACUACUUCGACUCCGGAUCCUGCCGCACCGUGCGGUUCCCCGUGGGGCUCCUGCCGCCGGACUGGCUCGCCGACGGCGCCGUGUACCUCGGCCGCGAGCACGUCGACGGCUUCGACUGCCACCUGUGGACCAAGGUUGAUUUCAUCUGGUACUACGAGGAAGUCGCCACCGGCCGCCCCGUCCGCUGGAAUUUCUUCAAUGGGAUGCAGCAACACGUGAUGAGCUUUGAGGUGGGAGGAGUGCUGGAGGACUCCAAGUGGCAGGCGCCGGCUUACUGCUUCAAUGGCGACACCACCAAUGUGGCUGCAGGUGGAGUUGAUGUGAUGAACAGCCUGAUGAGGUUCGCCGGGGCUCCAGCUGCAGCUAUAGCUGCAUCAUUUGACCAGUGAGAUUUUUUAGGGUUGGCUGAUGAGAGGCUUUCCCAACGGCGAUACGCUGAUCCGUUAUGCUCCGUUAAUCACACUGUUCUUCUUGAACACUGUUGUUAUGUGUAGUAACAGUCGUCAUGGUAAUUUGAUGAGUUGUUGGCACUAUUCUCUUUUCCGAGGAUGCAAGAUCCAUGCUCAGUACUAAAUUUGUACAAAAAUAGGAAAUAAUGGUACUCUGUGCUCUGAAUUUGACUAUUGCAUCA